GGCCCCGGCCCCAGCCCAUGCUCGUUGGCGGCGGCGGCGGUGGCUCGGGGCGCGCGGAGCCUGCAGUCACGGUGGCGCCCGCAGGGACGGAGGAGGGAAUGAGUGAGGAGGAGCAGGGUUCCGUGAUCAUCACAGGCUACGGACUCCCCAGUAUAGAGCAAAUGCUGGCGGCCAGUCCUGGCAAGACCCCAAUCAGCCUUCUGCAGGAGUAUGGGACCAGAAUAGGGAAGACUCCCGUGUACGACCUCCUCAAAGCCGAGGGCCAAGCCCACCAGCCCAAUUUCACCUUCCGAGUCACCGUCGGUGACACCAGCUGCACUGGUGAGGGGGCGUCGGGUGCCCUGGCCAGGGGUCAGGGUCCCAGCAAGAAAGCCGCCAAGCACAAAGCAGCUGAGGUGGCCCUCAAACACUUGAAAGGAGGAAACAUGUUGGAGCCACUUCUGGAGGAUGGAAGGAGUCCCCCAGUGGAGGUCAAGGCUCCUGUUUCUCCUCAGCAGUCUGAGUGUAACCCCGUGGGGGCUUUGCAGGAGUUGGUGGUCCAGAAAGGCUGGAGGCUGCCAGAGUACACAGUGACCCAGGAGUCAGGCCCUGCACACCGGAAGGAGUUCACCAUGACCUGCCGGGUGGAGCGUUUCAUGGAGAUUGGCAGUGGCACCUCCAAGAAACUGGCCAAGCGCAAUGCCGCAGCCAAGAUGCUGCUGAGGGUGCACACGGUACCCCUGGACCCCCGGGAUGGGCCGGAGGCCGAGCCUGAUGACGACCACUUCUCCAUCCAGGGCAUUAGCUCCCGCGUGGACGGCCUCCGGGGCCGCAGCCCGGGCUGCACCUGGGACUCUCUCCGCAAUUCCGCAGGAGAGAAGAUCCUGUCGCUGCGGAGCUGCCCGCUGGGCUCUCUGGGCCCCGGCUGCUGCAGCGUGCUCAGCGAGCUCUCCGAGGAGCAGGCCUUCCACGUCAGCUACCUGGACAUCGAUGAGUUGAGUCUGAGCGGGCUCUGCCAGUGCCUGGUGGAACUGUCCACGCAGCCGGCCACGGUGUGCCACGGCUCGGCGCCCACCCGGGAGGCUGCCCGAGGGGAGGCCGCCCGUCACGCUCUCCAGUACCUCAAGAUCAUGGCCGGGGGCAAGUGAGCCCCCGGGGCCGCGCCCGACAGCCCGCGCGCACUGCCAGCUCCGCCCCUCCGGGAGGCUCCGAUGCCCUCCGAGGUACCUUCCUUCUCUACCUCCGACACAGACUCUGCCUGCCCUGAGGCCCGGGCAGGGCCCUGGGGGGGCUGCCCGUCCUCCGAAUAAACACCCUUCUCCGA